AUGUCCUGCAUCUCUACUAUUACUUCCCAAACUCCAAUGAUGUGUGCCUGUGAUUCAUCUUGCAAGUGUGCUUCUCUUUCAUGCUGCGGUCAAAAGACUAAAGCUCUUGUUGAUCCUUUGCCAUCUUCUGUCUGCUGCACCACUGAUUCAUGCAUGUGCACCGAAUCUACUUGUGAGUGCAACAGCUCUAAGCAAAAGUCUUGUGUGAAAGAUUGUGAAUCUAAAAAAUCUUGCACUAAAUCCGAUGAGUCCUGUAAACCUUCUGAUUGCAAGACUUCUGACUGCAAGACUUCUGAUUGCAAACCCUCUGACAGUACGACCAAAAAUUAUUGCUGUGAAGAAAAAACAAAGUCCACCAAAAAGGUUUGCCGGUGUGGCGACUCUUCUACCGGUUAUUGUCAAUGUGAGGACAAGAAAGAUUCUACUUGUUGUUGUUCUGCUGGUAAAAAGAAUUGUCAACCUAAAAGAAUCUGCAGCACCGACUCGUGUUCUUGCCCUAAAGGUGAAUGUAAAUGCAAAGAUUGCAUUGAUGCAAAGUGCUGUGGUACAGAUGACAUGUGCAAAGAAGAAUGUGCUAACUCUAGCUCCGACAAGUCGUGCACCGAUGAGCAGUGUGUAAACAAGGAUUGCGCAAAAAAUAUCUCUGCCGAGGAAUCUUGUGUCGACAAGAAGUGUUGCUAA